UGUCACACCUUGCCCGCUCCCAUCUCGUCUUCCAUGAAGACCUGAAAACGUCCGAGAAUCGUGGUUGCUUCCUCACGUGCCAUGCUCUCGACUCGUCUUCUGUCCAGGUCUUCUCAAACGUUAUCUCAUUCGUGACAGGUGUACUUCCUACCAACCGUCAGUCUUCGAUAUUCGUCGCCUAGCCCGCCGUUACUGUCGCAUCCUGCUGUGUGUCGUCAACGCUCAUUAUAGCAAAGCAUUUUACGCGAGACGAAUGUACGAAACAUAACGUCAUUUCCUUGCAAAUUCUAGCACGGUUAUCAUUUUAAUGAAUAUUGUCAGUUCGGACAACCAACGGUCGCAGACCGCAUUGUACUGCUUUUAAUUGCUUUACCGAUUGAGCUAGUCAAAUUUCCCGGUCAAUUAACGCGAUUUUGAGAAGAAACGAAUGGCGGGCGUAACAAUUACGUAAUUGUUUACGGAAUACCGAACUGACCUAGUGUGUACAAUACAAAUACACACACACACACACAAGUUCCCGCAAAAUAACGCCUACAGGACACGACGUUUAUAGCUUGUAUCGCUGCCAGGCAAAACAAAAAAUUACGAUGACGUCAAAAUAAUACCAGAAUGACUUAAAGAACUCACUUUUCAAUUACGAUUCGAUCAUUUUUUUCGUUAUAUUUCUGUUCUACUUGGAUGGAAGUUGAGCGAGGAAUUUUAAGUAAAAAGAGAAGAGCACGAUAGAAAAGAUCUGCACGAACGAGACUCGAAGGCUUUUGCUCGCCGAUGGCGCACGAAAUGAUGCAAUUCACGUGACGCGUCUUCAAAAAUGUCCACGAAUACAGGAGAUACUUGGCCGGAGACCCUUUAAAUCGUCUCGACUCACUCUCUCUCAUCCGGACGGAGCUCACGUCGGCGAUCAGCUGACGAAUCGUUUCCGGAAGCUCAGUCUCGUCGUAGAUGAUCCGGACUGGCGCGAGGGACGACAGAAUCAAACCUCGUUCGAAUAGCUCGACUGCUAAACACAAACAUACACUUCUAUUUAUAUAAAUGUCGCUAUUCGCGAGCGGGGAAGGCACACUCGGCACACUUCACACGGCUCUGCGUUUGUAUCCGUUACUCGACACGCUUCUCGAGUAAGCUUUGUCUUAUCACCAGCUCAGAGAUCACAGCGAGCCACUGUCCGAUUAUCCGCUGCACGAGGCGGAGAGCGAGUCUCACGCCGUGCUUCUCGGCCGUCGACUCGUGAGAAGGGAAAGGGACACACUCGCGGGCACACGAGUGGCCGGACGAAUUCGCGUCUGCCGUUCCAUUCGCGCGGCACUGACCGCGCCGCGAGGGGAGCGUGCGCCGGGAGAAGCGAAGUGGCGACGCGCGGCCGCGCGCGACGCCAGCCACGCUUCUCGACGUCGCCUGUUGUCGAUGGUCCGGCGAGACACGCACGAGGCAACAACGCGAGACAGGACGAGGUCAACGGGAGAAAGGAGGCGACGCGCCGUCCUCGCGCCGUACCGCCGCCACCGUCGCCACUGUACACUGUCGGCGUGCCCAACGAGCGCGAGAACAUGUUCCGGGACGGCCAGUAUUUAGAAGUGAUCAAGGCCUCGGACAACUGCCUGGCGACCGCCGUGGUGACCGUGCAGGAGAAAACGGUGGAGAUCAAGAGGCGGAAGGUCAUCACCAACAAGUGGCUGCAAGUCGAGGAUUGGGCGGCGUUAUAUAAGAUAUUGGAGCGUGCGGUGCUGCGAAAUGGACGCGGCGGUGAUGGCUCGCAUCGCGAAGGUCGCGGAUGUGAAUGGAAGAAAUCCACUCGACAGUUGGAAGUCACAUACACUUUCGAUCCUCCGGAAUGUGCAAGCGACGCAACAUCGUUGCCCACUAUCAAGGUGCACGUGUCGCCGGCCAGGAAGAAAUUGGUGAAGCGAGAAACGAGUGAGGAGGGAGCAUUAAAAGGGAACAAAGCGGAUUUGGAUGAUGGCGACAGUGCGACGAAGCGAACGAAAGAGGAGAGAUCUCCCCAUCAAACGAGCGACAUCAAGAAGACGCCCGAGAAACCUGUCUCCCCGCCGAAGAAACCGGAGAUCUCGCGCACUAUCGCGAUGAUGGAACACGAGAAUUUCACGAAGAGGAAAAGAAAUCGCAAAUACACGCUCUCUGACGAUUCGGAGAACGCAUCGGAAGAGCUGGAGGAGUACAUUCCGGACGCACCGAAUGCGACGGGACUGUUUCCGGACUUCAAGUACGUACCUAGUCGGAAGAGCGCGCUGGAAAAUAUGCGAUUAACAUCGAACGAGUACACGCCGACUUUGUGCGCUGACAGCAAGCGCGCCAUGGACGACGUCGCGACGAGCUACGUGCCGAAUUCCAUCGAGCAGCUGGAGAUGUACGAACCAUGCGCCACCACGAUGAUCCCUGAGAGCAUUCUGGAGGAGUACGUGCCCAAUUCGAAAGGAAUCAAGCCUUCCAUAGAGGAGUACGAACCCGACUUCAAGUCGCCGAGUAAGCUAAUGAAAUUUGACGACAGUUACGUGCCGUCGAGCGUGCGACAGAGCGGCUCACAGAACGUCACGAGGAGGACUCCGGACAAGCCGGACAGAUUGAAGAUGCAGAGGCUGGAGGCGCGUCGGAAAGGGACGCCGACCAAGAAGAAGAUAGACGAACUGUUCUCGUGAAAACGCGCGAGAACUUCUGCGCGAGUAGCAGCCACGAUAACGACACGGGACUCAAAGUGUCGAGACAAAACGCGUACGGAGACUAAAGUUUCGUGUACCGUGCCACUUGUAAAAAUAAUAGUUUAUUUUAAUACGUCACGUACGAAGAGUCUACUAUUGUACAGUAAAACGAUGAUCUGCAAUAAUAAAAUACAUAUUCUUAGUAA